GUCACCAACACCUCGCAUGCUGAAAUGUAGCAGCUCCUUCCCUACUAGCUUUCUCUCUGCAGGGAGAUGGACGGAUUUUUGAUAAAGCAGCCCCUUGCAUGACUAUAGCUUCAAGUAACAUAGAACAGCCUCGUUUGUGUUGCUUCUGUGAUGUCAGCCUUCUAAUCAUGACCUUGCCGGAACUUAUCCGUUUUUCUAGAAUUCAGCUCCAUUUUGAAGGUGACCAUUUGUGCCUGGGCAGCGGCUUCGGAUCGGUCGGUCCACCCACCCAGUGGUCAGAUUAUGGGAGGCAAAUAUCAAAAGCUCAAAGGGCAGAAAAGGAAACAUUUCAAGUCACCCAACACGACCCUGAAGCACUUCCUCGGCUUUUUCCUACCCAAAAGCUUCGUUCACUUCCUGUGGAGUCAACCUGAUGAAUUUCGGCCUACCAAGUUUUUUCUCGGGGCUGGACUUGGGAUUUUGUUUGCUUUGAGUCUCGCCAAAAUCCUGAUCUUUCCCAUGACCAUCAGGGAACACACCAAAGUCGAAUUGUUGGGCUGCAUGACAGGUGUGGCUGCCGUUGGAUGGGGCACCUCUCCGCAAUUCCGUUGUGCCAGCCUCUUGGUGAUCCCAAAAUUCUUGGGGAAGGAAGGACGGCUUUAUAUUCUCACCUACAUGUUAGCCGCUGUCUACGAUGGCCCGGUGGCAAAUAUCCGUCACAAUCUGGGUGAAGUGGUGCGAUCCAUUAGCUGCACGGUGGAAUUACAGAUUGAAAACGCCAAAAAAGCUUGGAAAAUUUCAUUGGCUCCGAUGCGGAAGAUCCUCAAAGACAUGGUGAGAAGCGGGAAAACUUUGAGAACCGAGUCCCAAGAGGUCUCGCGCUCCUUUACGGAGCUGAACAAGCAAGUGGCUAGCCGAGCCGGCACGGAGAGCCGUUUGGUGCGUGAAGCCGAAGGAAGCGCCUCGACCCAGGAAGUCUACGAGGCGAAGACGCGGAUGCGUUGCCAACGCAUCAUCCAGCAGGCAGUCCGGCGUUGCCGAGCCUGGUUCCAAACCAAACAUCGGUCUUGCAUGCAGACAAUCGCCGUGCCCCUGGUGAAUCACCUCCUCUGCCUCCCCAUGAAAUUCAGCUUCCUUUGCUAUUUGGCCAAGGUAAUGAAUACUUGGUGCCAGGACAAGAUCCCCGUGGAAGGGAAUUUUGGCCAAACGUACGACCGGGUGAACGACUCGGUGGAAAACUUAAACCAAGAUUUCACAGCCAGCGUUGUCAUCCAGGAGGAGCGCCAGGAGAUGCUGGUGGGGGCCAACCUGUCCUCCCACAAACACCUGGUGGACGACGUCAAUGAACAGGUGUACCAGAGCAGCAAACAGCUGGGCACGGCGGUCACCAUGCUGCGGGUGCUGCUGUCCUGCAUGUUUAUCCUGGUUUUUGCCUCGGCUUAUUCCUAUACCAACAAAUAUAACGAAGAUAUCCGUUUCGAUAACCUGUAUAUCUCCCGUUAUUUCCGGCAAAUUGAUGCCAGACGCCGGAAACAGAAAAAGCGGACGCUUCUUCCCCUGCGCCGUGCGGAGGAGAGCCGGGUCAUCGAGCCCCUGCGCCUGGCCUUCCAGCCGGCCGAGACCAAGUCUGUGAUGCUGGAGCUGCUGGGCUGCCUGCCCCCACUGGUCUUCCUGCUGAUGGCCUGUGCCCUGGAUUCCCUGCUCUACACCAUCUUCAGCACCAUCCGGAACCACUCCUUCAUCCAGUAUUCCUUCCGCAGCAGCCACCACUUGGAAGUCAAGGUUGGCGGGGAAACCCUGAUGGCCCGUCUCCUUCGGAGCACCAUCGGGGCCCUGAACACGUCCUCCGAAAUGGUGAUGGAGACCAACAACCUGCAGUGUUUGCCAGAGCCACGAGGGAUGAGCCGGGACGAGUACGUGAAAUGCGCCACCCCACUAGGCGCCUUGGUGGUGUUAUGCUUCCUGCAAGUCUACGUUUUCCGUCUGCGGAGGGUCAUCGCGGCCUUCUACUUCCCCAAGCGUGAGAAGAAACGAAUUAUCUACCUCUACAAUGAAAUGCUUCGUCGGCGUGUGGCUUUCGUCCUUGUGCAACGCAAGCGCAUCAUUCUGCAAGCGCGGAGGCGCAAGAGAGUGAGGAAGCCGCUGCUGAAUCGGAUCGGGCGCUGCUGUCCCUUCCUGAAACGGAUCCUCCUCCGGCGGUGCAUUCUUUGCAACCGGCCCGAAUCCCACCAUUCGCUGAUGUGCUCGAACCCCGAGUGCGAAACCGUUUACUGCCAAAUUUGCUGGAAAGACAUGGGUAAAACCUGCUUUGCCUGCCACCCCGAGGACCUGGUCUCGGAGGACGAGAGCAGCGAGGGAGAAACGGGCUACGCCGAUUAAAUGGUGGUGUUUUUUCCUGC